AUGAAUAAUCCAUCUACCGUGAAGCAUAUAUUACAAUAUGUAAAAGCUGGAACGGAAAAAGGAAAGUGCUUUUCCACAACAUCUAUAUUUAGCAAAUAUAAGGCCCUUGGCGGGUUAGACUCAAAGCGAACUAUAAUUAAUCAUCUAGAAAGGACUCUAGCUGGACAAAUUGGCAUUGUAAGGUCCAAAAAGGCAAACGUACCUUCAGUUGUUUUACCUCCUAUUGAUCAAUCUGAAACCGUUCACGCAUAUAUAGAAGAAGCUUCGUCAUCAGAUUAUACACCUAUGUUUACAGUUACUUCCGAGUUAGCUCAGGUCAUAAAAAAUUGCACCGAUAUCAAUUCUCAGUUAGAUAAAAUUCCAAACAUAGAUAACUACUCCGAUUUAUAG